AUGUCGACUGUGUAUGUAGAUCGAGGGAUGGCCUGGUGUACAGUAGUUGGUGGUUUUGUUGCCAACAUCCUGUUAGGUGGUUUAGGCAAAUCUUAUAGUUUGGUUAUGGAAGCUUUUCAAGAAGUGUUUGAAUGUGGUUCUGCCUAUUUGUUUCUAGCUGGUGGUCUAAUCUUUACCCUGAUGUAUUGUCUAUCUCUUGUUAACCAUUUAAUUUCCAAACGAUAUGGUAGUCGACCUGUUGUAAUGGCUGGGGCUUUUGGCUCAUUUAUCAGUUUAUUGAUUGCAUCAUGUUCCCCUAAUUUGGCUCUUUGGGUAGUUGCUGUUGGCUUAGGAAUUGGUGCAUCAUUAUCAUGUAUUUAUUUCACAGUAUUUGCUGUUGUCGGUUGUUGUUUCAAACGUUAUCUAGGUUUAGCUAAUGGAAUUAGUAUUGCUGGUGUUAGUAUUGGGCAAAUGGUAUUCCCUUCAUUGAUUACUUAUUUAAAUACAACGUAUAGUGCUAGAGGUGGUGGAGUUAUAAUGGCUGCAAUCUGUUUACAUCUAUUGAUUACAGCUGUAUUAAUGCCUCGUCAUAUCAUUGAUCCAGAUGCACCCAGUGUAUCCACAGAAAAAACUGAUGUGAACAAAUCAAAAAAGAAAUCAUCAUCGAAAUUACAAUCUAAAUCGAAAGAAGGCAAACAAUUGAUGCCAUGUAAAGAUCAAUCCAUGAUAGAUAAACAAUUGGCAUUGAUCAUUGAUUCAGGAGACAAGAAAUCGAUCAAUGCUGCUGUAGAUGAUGAAUUCUCUACGAAAUUAGACGAUUCAAAAGAUAUUUUAGUUCAUUCAAUGAAUACAAUGAAUCAUUCAUCAUCGACAUUAUCUCGUGUAUCUGUUCUAUCGUUAACAACUCGACAAACAACUUAUUUAACACGUGGAUUAUUGAUUGUUUAUAUAAUAGGCAAAGCAUUUGGUGAUGUUGGCGAUGUGAGUGUAUCGUUUAUUGCACCAGUUUUUGGCACUGAAUUAUCAUUAAGUUCUACCAUAAUCAAUAGAGCUAUAGCUAUUGCCGGUGUCGGUGAUUUAAUCACGCGUCUUGCAGUUGGUUGGCUUACAGAUAGACCAGGAUGUGUUGGUCGUCGUGGUCUGUUGUUAGCUUUUACAUGGAUUAUAGAAGGAUUAAAUGCUUUUGCAUUUGCUGAACUUAAUCGAUUAUAUGGAAAGCAUACUACUACUGCUAUUCUUCAUACUGACGAUGUCAAUGGCAGUAAUAACAAUCAUGAUUCGACUGCAUUAAUUGUAUGCUAUUUUAUAUGUUUCGGUAUUCAUGGUAUUUGUAGUGGUACUGCAAUGACACAAAUGAUUGUAGUUUUAUGCGAUUGGGUUGGUUCAUCACAAUUAGCUCAAUCAUUAGCUAUAACUAUGGUUAUUUUAGGAUUAGUUAUAUCACCGGGACAAUUUUUAAUGGGUUUUAUUGCUGAUUACACUGGUUCAUUUGUCUCAUCGCUGAGAAUAUGCGGUGUCAUUCUACUAUGUGCUGGUUUUAUUCUUUUCUUGGAAUUUCCUGUUCGUCGAUUAUAUCCAUUAGCAAGUAGUAUUACUACUACUACUACUAAUAGUAAUAAUAACAAAAACAGUAGUAAUAAUAAUAAAACACAAUCAAUCGAUCAAUGUAUUCCAGUGAAAGAUGUUGAAGCACAAGAUAUUCUCUAUGAUGCUGUUGUUGUCAAUAAUGGAAAAUGUCAUUCAUUGUCCAAUUCACUGGAUCGUAAUAAUAUUAAUAGUAAUGAUAAUCAUAUCAACAGUAAUAAUUUAUCUCCACUUCUGCAUACUACAAUUGGACAAAGUACAGAGUUCAAAUAUCCAAAAUAA